CUCGAGUGAUUGUAAGUGUGAUGAUCAUCUGCUAAAUGAGCAACAACGACCACAAUUCACUCCUUCAGUCAGUGAAGCUCCCACAGCCGUUCAUGAGAGUUUAAAUGCUGGGGAAUAUUCCCAUCUUCCCACAGGAGAAGAAGCAGCAAGCAGGAGGAAUUACUCCAGGAGAAACUACGGACAUACUAUUGUAAAGAUGGAGAUUAAGGAAGAACCCUGCAGAAUAAAAGAUGAAGAUACAGAGGAACAAAUAGGUCUGAUGGAACAAAGUGAAGUGGAGGAGAAACUCCAUCAGUUUCAGAAACCUCAACAAAACACUCAAAGAAGAGGAGAGAAAUGUUCUUGCACCUGCUCUCAGUGUGGAAAGAGCUUCACAGCUAAAUCAAGCUUGAAGAAGCACAUGAGAAUCCACACCGGAGAGAAACCCUUCACAUGCCGUCAGUGUGGAAAGAGCUUCACAUGGGAAACUAGUCUCAAAAAUCACAUGCUGUUUCACUCAGGAAAAAGAUCAUUCGGCUGUGAUCAGUGUGACAAGACAUUUAUUGUGUCAGAGCACCUGAAAAGACACAUGAAAAUUCAUGCAGACGUGAAGCCUCAUGUGUGUUCUGUUUGUGGAAAGAGUUUUUCACUACUGGAACAUUUAAAAAAGCAUGAGAUUAUUCAUACUGGUGUGAGACCUUAUAUGUGCUUUGACUGUGGAAAGUCCUUUACUGGAUCCAGCUAUUUAAAAUCACACCAGAGAGUUCAUACUGGAGAGAAACCGUACAAGUGCUCACACUGUGGAAAGAGUUUCGCUCUGUCAGGAUCCUUAAAAGAUCAUGAGAGAAUUCAUACUGGAGAGAAACCGUACAAGUGUUCACACUGUGGACAGAGUUUCACCCAAUCUUCUGGUCUACGGUAUCAUGAGGAAAAGCGUUGUCCAAAGUUAUCUAAGUAUCUGGUACAACCAGGCUUGAUCGGGGACGGCCUGCGGAACGUCCGGGAUCCGGACCAGUGUCCCAACCUCCAUGACCGGGCAGCGGUCCACGAAAUGGCCCGGAUCCCCGCAACGCCAACAGGCCGGCCUAGGCUUCCCCGCCGCUCUAGUGGCAGGAAGCGGGUCAAGGAAUUGGCAUGGGGAGAGCGCAGGAACCGCGUCAAGCCCUUCCGGGUGUCCCGGCCCCCCUCCCCUGACGGAACCUCGCGAUCCGGCUGGGCCCUCGGCUCCAGCCCUCCAGCGGGGAGUCUGGGCAAUGCUCAGGAAAUUCAGGGCCUGUAUAAAACCCUCGCGCUCGCAGUCGCAGGUCUCCACGUCUUCCGUUUCCACGAUCUGAUGGAACAAAGUGAAGUGGAGGAGAAACACCAUCAGUUUCAGAAACCUCAACAAAACACUCAAAGAAGAGGAGAGAAAUGUUCUUGCACCUGCUCUCAGUGUGGUAAGAGCUUCACAGUUAAAUCAAGCUUGAAGAAGCACAUGAGAAUCCACACCAGAGAGAAACCCUUCACAUGCCGUCAGUGUGGAAAGAGCUUCACAACUAAAUCAAACUUGAAGAAACACAUUAAAAUCCACACCGGAGAGAAACCCUUCACAUGCCGUCAGUGUGGAAAGAGCUUCACAGUUAAAACAAGCUUGAAGAAGCACAUGAGAAUCCAUACCGGAGAGAAACCCUUCACAUGCCGUCAGUGUGGAAAGAGCUUCCCAUGGGAAACUAGUCUCAAAACUCACAUGCUGUUUCACUCAGGAAAAAGAUCAUUCGGCUGUGAUCAGUGUGACAAGACAUUUAUUGUGGCAGAGCACCUGAAAAGACACAUGAAAAUUCAUGCAGAUGUGAAGCCUCAUGUGUGUUCUGUUUGUGGAAAGAGUUGGUUUCGACUUGACAAAUUAAACAGGCACCUAAAAAUACACAACAGUGUGAGACAUUAUUUGUGCUUUGACUGUGGGAAGACCUUUAUUACCCACAGCGACUUAAAAUCACACCAGAGAGUUCAUACUGGAGAGAAACCGUACAAGUGUUCACACUGUGGAAAGAGUUUCGCUCUGUCAGGAUCCUUAAAAAAACAUGAGAGAAUUCAUACUGGAGAGAAACCGCACAAGUGCUCUUUAUGUGGACAGAGUUUCAGCCGAUCAUCUGGUCUACAUACUCAUAAGAAAAAGCCUUGUCCAAAGUUAUCUAAGUGA